AUUCAAAACUGCGGUCUGUCUUAGGAAAGGGGAAAACCCCAAGCAAAGCCUUCGUUCUAUUCAUCAUCACUCGCGGCACCAAACCCAUAGGCAGAGCAGGAAAUGGCGAUCGCGAUCUCGCAGGAGGCCUUCGACGCCAUGGUCCGGGAGAACAUGGAGGACCUCGGCAUGGACGCCGACGAGGCCCUCGCCGACGCCGUCGAAGCCCUCACUCUCCAGGGCGCUGAUCUGUCCGGGAUCAUCAAGCGCGUGCCCGGAGAGGCCGCCGCGGCGGAGGUGAGCCCGAUGGUGCGGGUGCUGGACGAAUUGAAGGCUUCUCACAGUGCCAGUGGCGGGUUGGGGCAGGAUCUGGACGGCUUGGUCUCUCUAAUCGAUGAGUUGCGCGGCCUGUGCUGCUCCGGAGAUGGGACGGAGAAUGCAGCGAUCGCGGUGCGGAAUGGCGGCGUGGAGGCGCUCGUCGCCCUGUGCGCGUCGGCUCGAGUUGCGCAGGAGAGACUGCUUGGGUCGGCCUUAAAGGCGUUGAGCUCCCUGCUCAGGGACAUUGGAAGCACCGAGAAGUUCAGACAAAGCGAGGGGCCCAAAAUUGUCAUGGAUAUCUUGAAAGGUGGCUCAGAAAGUUCAGAUUUACUGGAUGCUGGAUUUAGUGUUGUGGCAGCAGGUUCUGCUGGCAAUGAAGUUGUGAAAGAAUCCUUUAUGGACUUGAAGGUUGAUGAACUCAUUCUACAUGUUAUGAGGGAGAAAUCAAAAACUAAUGUGCAAAGCUUGUAUGAUGCCAUACGUGUUCUGUUGACGCCUGAUGACAACCGAGUGGUGGCUUCUCAAGUAUAUGGAUACUCCCGGAGGUUUGCAGAAAUUGGGAUUGCAGAAGUUCUUGUCAGUGCACUUCGUGAACAAGUUGCUCCUUCCAGCUUGCCAUCUGCUUGUGCUGCUUUAAAGUCGAUCGCUGUCAAUGAUGAAAUAUGCCGUUCGAUAUCUGAAAAUGGGGGAACUGAUGUGCUGCUUCAAUGCAUCGAUGAGGCUGGUGAACAGAAGAACAAAGUUAUUGCAAAAUCUUGUUGUUCUUUGUUGUCUAAGUUGGCUGCGAGCGAUGCAAACAAGUCUGUUAUCAUCCAGCGAGGUGGUUUUGAUAGGUCCUUAAAGUUGGCAUCCAGAUUUUCAGAAGAUCCUUCUAUACUACAGGAGGUGAUGUCUAUGGUGACGGUUCUUACAUUGAGGUCACCAGAAAAUGCAGCGCGUGCAAUGGAAAUAGGCUAUGGAACUCUGGCGAUCCAGGCAAUGCAACGGUUCCCCUCCUCCGGCCAGACUCAGAAGCAAGCUUGCCUUAUGAUUCGCAAUCUUGUUGUCCGAAACCCUGAGAACAGGACCAUCCUACUUAAUGAUGGUGCAGAGAAGCUUAUUAGAAAGGCCAAGGUGAUGCAUGGAAGCUGCAAAGAUGCUGCCUCGUCAGCAUUGAGGGACCUGGGCUUGGACAAUUACAACGCAUAGACACCAUACGGAGCCUACCUAGGUUGUGUUAAAGUUUGACCAUGGUAGAAUGUUUUGGAGAGAAAUGCAUGAUGCGUGAGUUAUCUGGUGCCACGGCACAAUGGAAUGAGUUUGUAGAAUCGGACUACCGUGCUUGCAUCUGUAAGCGGCCCAGUUUUGCGCUGCACGAUACUACUAGCUAGCAUCGGGUGUUUGGUUCGACGAAUCACCUCAUCUAGAAUAGAUGAAAUGGUCUAUCAUGAAGUCAUCCUAUGAAA